CCACAAAAUUUCCCAGAAAUUCUCACAACAUUACCAAACUUGGUAGAUAUAUAUACCACUUAGUACUUACUCUUGAUUCAAUUAAAGAUCGGUCCUUUUAUAAUUAAGCUAUAGCAUUGCUCAUUUUGCUUUUUUUUUGUGAGAGUUUGUCUUAAUAUCAUCACUAAUACUAUGGCACCAAAGAAUAAGUACAAUGUUUUCAUAAGCUUUAGAGGUGAGGACACCCGUUACAAUUUCACUAGUCAUCUCCACAAAGCAUUGUCCCAAAAGAGUUUACAAGUUUACAUGGAUCAGAGGCUGGAGAGAGGUGAUGAAAUUUGUUUUUCUCUCUUGAAAGCAAUUGAGGACUCAAUGCUUUCUGUCAUCAUUUUCUCGGAAAAUUAUGCAUCUUCGAGGUGGUGUUUAGAUGAAUUGGUUCAUAUUCUAAGGUGUAAAGAAAGAGAUGGACAGAUUGUUGUACCUAUAUUUUAUCAUGUGAGUCCGUGCGAUGUCAGAAAACAAUCAGGGAGUUUUGGAGUUGCAUUUGGUGAACUUAAAGAACGCUUUAAGAGAAACUCUGAUACACAAUGGAUGAAUGUUUUAAUAUCUAUAUUAGGUAUUAUGACAGAUUGUUUUAGGAGUGAGCCGGAUAGAUUGACUCAAUGGAGGAAUGCUUUAAUAUCUGCAGCUAAUCUUUCUGGCUGGGAUGCACCCACAAGAAGGUGUGAUGAGUCUGAAUUAAUUGGGAAAAUCGUCAAUGACAUUUUGAAGAAAUUGAAUCAUGUGACAUCAAGUACAAAUGUCUUGAAUGGUCUAGUUGGAAUGGAGAGACGAAUUGAAUAUCUUGAAUCAUUGUUUCUCACCAAUAAGUCAUCAUUAGAUGCUCAGAUUGUAGGAAUUUGGGGGAUGGGUGGCAUGGGCAAGACAACUCUAGCACAUGUCUUAUUUACUCGAAUUUACAAUAAGUUUGAAGGUCAUUGCUUUCUUGAAAAUAUUAGGGAAGAAUGGCAAAACCCUAAUAGGCUCAAUUUGAAGAAAAAACUUUAUGCUGAGUUAUUGAAGGAAGACAAUAAUCAAGAUAUGGUAGUUGACCUGUUUGUGAAGGAUAGACUUUGUCGUAAAAAGGUACUUGUUGUUCUUGACGAUCUAGAUGAUGUAGAGCAAUUUGAGUACUUAGUUGGAGGUCGAGAUUGGUUAAGCCAUGGAAGUAGAGUAAUUGUCACAACUAGAGAUAAGCAAUUGCUUAAGAAUAUUGGGAUUGAUUGGAUCUACAUGGCAGAGCAACUAGAUGAUGAUGAGGCUCUUCAACUCUUUAGUUUGAAUGCAUUCAAAAGAGAUUCUCCACCAAAGAAAUAUAUGGAGUUGUCAAAAAAAGUAAUGAUUUAUGCUGCAGGCAUGCCUUUGGCUCUUAAAGUUUUAGGUUCCCAUUUGUAUUCGAAGAGCGAAGAAGAGUGGAAUAGUGCAUUGAAAAAGCUGAAAAAGUUUCCCAACAAAAAGAUUCAAAAUAUACUGAAGAUAAGCUACGAUGGUUUGGACGAUAAACAACAAGAUAUAUUUCUUGAUGUUGCAUGCUUUUUCAAAGGCAAGGAGAAGGAUUUUGUGGGAAGAAUUUUGGAUGAUGAUGGUAUGUUUGCGGAUGUCAUCAGAGAUCUCAUCGACAGAUGUCUCAUAGUUGUUACAUCUUUUGAGAGACUAUGGAUGCAUGAUUUGAUACAAGAAAUGGGAAGAGAAAUUGUUCGUGAAGAAUGCGUUAAAGAUCCUGGAAUGUGUAGCAGACUAUGGAUUACUAAAGAUAUAUGUCAUAUGUUAAGGAAGAACAAAGGGAGCGAAAAAAUUGAAGGAGUAUUCCUUAACAUGUCUGAGAUUAGAGAGAGUCAUAUCAAAUUGGAGCCUAACGUCUUUAAAGAAAUGUCCAAUCUAAGGCUACUUCAAAUAUGUGGAAUAUCAAGAGAAAUGGAGCAAUGCAAACUUCAACUUCCUCAAGGUCUUGAUACACUUCCGGAUUCUCUUAGAUAUCUUCAUUGGCUUCACUAUCCUUUAAAUUCUUUGCCAUCAACUUUUGUGCCACAAUAUCUCGUUGAACUCGACAUGCCAUCAAGCAAGUUGGAACAACUUCCUAACGAAUUUGAGCUUCUUGAAAACUUAAAAGUUGUCAAUCUUAGUUCUUCAAAGAAUCUAAUCCAAAUCCCAGACAUCUCUCGAGCUAAUAAUUUGAAGAGUCUAUGCUUGAAAGAUUGUGAGAGUUUGGUUGAAGUUCCUUCACUCAGAUUUCAACAAGCUCUUGAUCACAAGUGUUUUACAAAAGAAACGAAAGCAGCACAAAUACUUUACACCAGCUAUGGUAACAUUGAAGGAAAUUAUGUGAGACCGGGAGAAAAUAAUCACAAACCAUCUUGGUGGAAAUCCUAUAAAGCCAUAGACUACUUUCUUAAUCUCAGUGGUUGCUCUAAUCUUAAAGUUCUUUCUGAGGUGUCUGGGAGUAUUAAAUAUAUUUGUCUGCAUUCCACAGCCAUAGAAGACCUACACUCUUCAAUUUGGUCUCUUGUUAAUCUUUCUCUUCUGGACCUUAGCAAUUGUAAAUGCCUUAAGAAUCUUCCAAGUGGAAUUGGUCAGUUAGAGUCCCUAAAUCAUCUCUAUUUAGAUGGUUGCUCAUCUUUCAAAAGCUUUCCAGAGCAUCUUCCGAAGAACAUUAGAACAUUAGACUUUAGUGGAACAAAGAUAAAACAAGUGCCUUCAUCAGCCUUUGAAAAUCUAUCUAGUCUUGAGGAUCUAUGUCUAAAGAACUGCAUAGAGCUUGAAACCCUCCCAACGAGCAUUUGUAAGUUGAGCUCUCUUGUGAGUCUCAACCUAUCUGAUUGCUCAAAGUUUAAAAGCUUCCCGGAAAUCUUAGAGCCAAUGGGAAGUUUGAAAAAACUUUAUCUAGAUCGAACAGGAAUCACAAAGUUACACUUGUCAAUUGAAAAUAUUACUGGGCUUCAUUGGCUGAUUUUAAGGGAGUGCAAGAAUCUAGAGUUUAUUCCAAACAACAUCUACAAUAUGAGCCAUCUUAAAGUGUUAUGCCUUUCUAGUUGCUCAAAACUUGUUGCUUUGCCUGCUGUGACGAAGGAAUUCCAAUUUAAGAUUGAAGUGGAUCUUAGCUAUAACAACAUAGCUAAAGUCCCUAGUUGGAACCUUGGUUUAUCUUCCUUACCAUUGAUGGAAUUCGAACCAUGUGGAUCAAUGAUUGAUAGAAGACCAGUGAGUAUUGAACGACUUUCUAAUAUGGUUUUAUAUUUGUUAGAAACUUGUGACAAUAACCAAACUUUCACAUCACCUGAUUUUGAUGUCACGUCAUGUCGAUGCUUCAUUUCAUCUAGUAGAAAAAUCCCAUACCAGUAUUGUGGUUGCUCAAGAUGGAAUGUUGUCAAAUAUAAAAAUCUGGUGACAGAUUUUUGGGUUUCUCUUUUCAUACAAGCAGCUUAUUUUGGCCUAAAACCAAAGAAAAACUUUUGCCCCAGAAUGAAUUUAUGUUGUCCAGGAAAUGAACUUCCGGAAAUUUUUUUGGAUCAGUCUGAAGGAUCUUCAAUUGAUGUUUAUCUUUUUCCAAGUUCCUAUAAUUCCAACUUCAUAGGUUUUGCCUUUUGCGUUGUCAUUGAAUUUCAGCACUACUGUUUUGAUAUUAACCGUCUGAAUUUUCAAUGUGAAUACCAUUUCAAAACAAACAAUGGGGAAAGCAACAAACGUAAUUGGAGUCUUCAUCUGCCAGAUAACACUAGCAGAUUUGUAGAAAUAGGAAUUCUCAAUUCAGAUCACAUGUUUAUGGGGUUUAUUAACGAGGAGUACGAUGAGUAUUUUGGUGCAAAUCCAAUAAUAUUUCAGGUGUCGUUUAAGUUUCACCUUGAACAACAUGAUUGGGAAGAACUUGUUAAUGUUGGCAAGUGCAAAGUGAAAAAGUGUGGAAUUCAAGUGUUAAAUCUUGAACAUUUAAUUGAUUUGUUAAAUCAUAAAGAUGCAGAGGCAACUACAAGUGGAAGUGAAAGUGAGACCAUGGACUUUGGCACAGAGUACAAUAUCAACUUUGAUAAUUAUAAUCAUGAUGUAACUUAUUAUAAAACAAAACAAUUUACAGUUUAUGGUAACGACACAUUCUAUAUUCCAUUAUCAGAAUUCUUGUAGCUAGUCUUAUGUUAUCAAUAGUAUUUGUGAAGAUUAUAAUGCAUUUUAAGUGUUUCUUGUGAUGAGUUUGAGAGACUUGGUGAGGAACCAGGAUGGUGAGUUCUGUCCAAUUUUACUAUAUGUGUAUCAUCUUGUCUGUGUUAUUUUUGUUUUGGUUGAUAAAUGUGAACAUAUAUAAUAUUCUCUGUUCAUAUCUUGCAUUUUGUUUGGAGCAAAAAGUAAACACCUAAAUCACAUAUUUCUAGUUGAUCUCUUGAUCUGCAGGUUUUUUCAUAGCUCUAAUAUUUUUUAUUUGAAGGUAUAGUUAGGGGUGCAUCCUAGCUUAGCUUAUAUGUAUUGUCCCACUUAGUCAUUAACAUACUUUGAACAAUUAUAUGCUGAAGAGAAUUUUAAAAAACUUAAACUUGAAAACACGAUAGAAUUAUUAGAUGAAGAAUAAAAUGUACUGGCAAAGAAACCUGCGAGAAGGCAAGAUUUCAUCAAUUGAAAAUAAUGUAUUUUCAUCACUAAAAAAUUAAUACAUAUACUUACUGUAAUAACACUAAUAUUAAAAUGAAAAUAAUUAAUUUGCAAAUAGUAUAUGUUAAAUUGUUAAAAUUUGUGACUGGAGGUUAUCAUAAACAUGAUAUAUGCUGGAUCGGCCUCAUUUAGUGGGCCUUUAGGACCAAAAAAGGGAUUUGAGCCCAAAAGAAAAGAAAAAAAUGAGCGAAGAAAAAGAGAAGAAAAGAGAGAAAAGUUAGAGAAAGAGAUAGUGGGUUUUGGCACAUUGACUUAAAGAUUAAGUUGUUGAUUCUCAUCUGAUUUAGCUCAAAUUUUGGGUGGUGAAUCCUUGCAAGGUGCUCUAAAAAUCUAUUGACUCUGAUUUGGUGUUUGUCCUCUCUAAGGUGCACUCCCACUAUACUUAUUUGUUGAGAUCCAAACUUUUUCUUUGGUGUAUCCAUCUUUAUAGAUGAUGAUUAUAUGCAUUGUUGAUCCAAGAUUGUAAUCUUGAUGUUGUUGUGAGCCUCUAAUUAUACUAGAGAAGAACAUUGUAAUCAAAUUAUUGAACUUUGGUGAUAGUAGAGAGGAUUACGAUCCCUGUGGUUUUUCCCACAUUGAGUUUCCACGUAAAAAUAUUAGUGUCUCACUUUUAUGGUUGUUUAUGAUUUAUAUUGCUUGUGUUUCUUUGGUUAAAAUUGCUAGUUGUGGUGUUUGAUAAGUAAUCAUAUUUUCAACAUACAAAGAGGGACAAGCUUGUGUUUAUUGCAAUAGGUUUUCCCAACAAGUGGUAUCAAGAGCCAAGGUUAGUUGGUAUGAGUUUUCUUGUGUGUUGAAAAAGUCAUUAUUUUAUUCAGGCUAAAUGAAGAUCUUUUCAUUCUUGAACUCUAUAAAUAGGACCUAGUACCCAGCCAUUUCUUCAUUCAUCAAGCUGAGUUCAGAGCCUACAAGCUGCUAGGAUUACUAUAGAGUGUUAAACACUUGGGUUGAGGUUAUAAGCUUAAUCAUUAUAAGCUUAAUAAACACUUGGGAAGUAAGGUUCAUGGUAUAUUUCGGUUUCGAGGUGUAGUUCGGUCAUGGAAGCAUUCAAGGUAUUCCUUAUUCUAGUUCCUUUCUGUAUUGUUCUUAUAGUUUUUCUACUCAAAUCCUAACUCGUAUUCUUUAUUCUUGGUUAGGCAUCUAAGUUCUUGAACUUGAGGUUCUUGUUGGUAAGUAUCAUUUCGAUGGUGUAGUUUAUUCUUUCCAUCUCUUUUCCUUAGUAUACUCACCUCUCUAUUAUGGUUUUUAGGAGUGUUCCAAAGUCCCGAUCUUGUUCUCUCGUUCUGGUAUUUUGGAAAAUAGUUAUGGCGGCAGGAAGGUUCUUGGCAGCUUGGGGAUGUGUAUUGAGGUAGGAUGGAAUCGGUGGAUUGCGCGUUCGAUCAGAGGAUGAAGAUUUUUAAGUCUUUAUUUGGUUAUGAUUUCUAUGUAUUAGUUUUCCGCAUUAAAUUUUGGAACCAAUUUAUUUAAGUUAUGUUUUUUUAUUUUCAAAACAAUGAGAUCCCAUAUCCUAAGUGAAAUAUUUAUGUAUUUGAACGUUUACUUUACAGUUUUAAAUAAAGUUAUAGUGUUUUCAUC